AUGAACCACUCUGGUCGUCUUCUCUAUCCUGCACCAGGUACUGUGCCGCAGGCACCCCUCCUUCCUACUGGGGUGCCUACAGAGGCGGCGCCAACGACGACGCAGACCAGCAACGGCAGUUUGUCGAGUAUCCUCUCGCGCAAGAGCCCGCGCAGCCCCAGGAGUCCAAAGAGCGAACGACGAGUCUCGUUCGCCCGCGUUGCAGGAACUGCCACGUAUCAUGUUGAUGACGAGCCUCCUGAGCUGCUCACACAGGACUCCUUGUGGAAGUUGAACCCCAUAUCUGUGGACGAGGCCAUCUUUGAGGCUGGAGUGGGACGAACCCAAUAUAAGCUCCUGCUGAUUUGUGGCCUCGCCUUUUGCUCCGACGCUGCUGAGGUCACAUUCCUGUCCUACGUGACUGAAGUCUUGCGCUGUGACUGGGGUCUUACUUCCUACGAGGAGUCUCUGAUCACUUCAGCGGUCUUUGCUGGGAUGGUGGUGGGCGCACCAGUCUGGGGUUGGAUUGCAGAUCACCACGGGCGUCGAAGGUCUUUCAUCCUGUCAUCCACGGUCAUUACAAUCUUCGGAUUUGCAACUGCGCUUAGCCAGGGCUUUUGGAGCCUUGUUGCAAUGCGUGGCAUGGUUGGCAUAGGUGUAGCAGGCCUACCAGUGGGUUUCGACAUCUUGGCAGAGGCGUUGCCCAGCGAAAGUCGCGGAGUCUUCCUGAUGUACAUCGAGUACUUUUGGACUCUGGGAAGUAUUUGGGUGAAUAUCAUCGCCUGGUGCAUGCUGGAACGCUAUGGCUGGCAGGUCUUCACUGCCAUGGCCGCCCUACCCACCUUGAUCGCCUCGGUCGCAGGGGCAUUGAUGCUGCCCGAGUCUCCAAGAUGGCUGGUGGAUAUGGACCGUGAAGACGAGGCAGCGAGGAUUGUGGUCAAAUGGGCCAAGGACAACGGCGAACCAAUGAAGUCGCUGUAUUUGAAGAAGGUUGACAAUCACACUGAAAAUGUCAGUGCUCUAGACCUUUGCCGCCGCAGUGCAUUGCGUUGGAAGACAUUCGCGCAUGGUGUGGUGUGGUUUGGCUUUGGUGUUGGUUACUACGGCGUCGUGAUGCUUCUUCCUCGCAUCUUCAAGAACCCAGCUGAGUCCAGUGCGCAAGCUCUGUGCAAUCUCAGCUUCGACAACCAGGACUUGGUGAUCGCCUCAUCCAUGGAAAUCGUGGGUGUGCUGAUCGCCACUUUCACGAUUGACAGCCCUGGCCGAGUGCCGACGCAAGGCUUUGCAUACAUCAUGACUGGCAUUUGCAGUUUGAUGUUGGGCUUUCGUGAGCUGGGGAGCGUCUUCCUGAUCGUCGUGGCCAGCCUUGGGCGUUGUGCCGCCAUGCUGGCAUGCUGUGCUACCUGGGUGCAAUGCCCGGAACUCUUUCCAACCACAGUGCGUGGGGAGGCACACUCGUUGAUGAACCUCCUGUCAAAGAUUGGUGCCUUCCUGGCACCGUUUGUCAUCAGCGACAUGUUCACACAAGUGCAAUGCGGAUCUAUGAUGUGUGCUAUCUCUCUGAUGGCCGCUGCAUUUGCGUUCAGCCUGCCAGAAACGGCUGGAGAGGAGCUGAGCGCCGCAAGCGAGGUUGCUGAGACCGCCUACGCGGACAGCGAUCUCAGUGACUUAAGCAGUGAAGAGUGA